AUGAGUUUGAAGGGUAUUGAGGGCAAGCUUCCUCCAGGGUUCAGGUUUUACCCUAGGGAUGAUGAGUUAGUGUGCUACUAUUUGUGUAAUAAGGUUGAGAAGUUGCCAUCCUUGUGCACCAUGGUUGAGGUUGAUCUGCACAACUGUGAGCCAUGGGAGUUGCCUGAUGCUGCUGAAUUGAGUCCAAAGGAGUGGUACUUCUUCACCAUCCGUGAUCGAAAAUAUGCGACCGGCUUCCGCAUGAACCGGGCGACUUCAGCCGGAUACUGGAAGGCCACUGGAAAGGACCGACCCGUGAUUGAGGAUGCAACACAGUCUCCAGUCGGGAUGAGAAAAACGUUGGUUUUCUAUCGAGGCCGAGCGCCGAAUGGGUGCAAAACAGAUUGGGUUAUGCAUGAGUUCCGGCUCGACAACUCAGAGUUCCCUCCUAAGGAGGAUUGGGUUCUAUGCAAAGUGUUCCACAAAAAUAGAGGAGAACAUGUUAAAGUUAGCAUGGAUAUGGGAAAGGGAAAUGGACAUAUGGGUUGCCCUUGCAUCCCUGGGUACUCUUAUUCAUCUCCAAAUUUGGAGCAAGAUCUGCUAAACCUAGAUGGGUGUCACCAAGUCUCAUGCUUCUCCAAUCUCUCAUGCCCACUAGAGGAAACUCCAAAUACCCAGCUAAAUUUAGCUGAGCUCCACUAUAAUUUCAUGGAGUUUGCACAAUUGGAAGACCCAAUGCUAUGCAAUGAGAUAGUCCCCUAAAAUGGACGCAAAUUCUAGUUCAUAAUAUGGGUUUCUCUGAAACUACCAGUCCUGGCUUUAGUUAGAAAUCAUCUUCUAUAUUUUGGAGGCAAGAUUGGCCUUUGUACAUAAAUUAUUCAAUUAUUCUGAAUUUGGUGUACAUGAUGCCUUGUUGUA